AUGGCAUUAAAAGUAGUAUCGAAGGAUGGAGUGGAAUUUCAAAUUGAUGCAGAGAUUGCACAACAAUCAUCACUGUUAAAACCUUAUUCUGACGAAGGUUUUAGCGGAUCCAUCCCUUUGAUUAAUGUUGAGAGUUCAAUUUUAAAAUACAUUAUUGAGUUUUGUAACCAUCAUAAAAACGAUUCUCAAUCAGAGGCUGUUGAUGGUGAUGAUGAUGAUGACGAUGAUGAUCCAAAUAAGGAUAUUUAUGAACCUAAACGACGUGAUGAUAUUGGUGGAUGGGAUUCAAAUUUUAUGAAACAAUUUUCUGUUCAAUAUGGGACGUUGUUCGAUAUUAUUAUGGCAUCCAAUUAUCUUGGAAUUAAAUUAUUACUCAGCGCGGGUUGUAAGGCAGUAAGCAAUCUCGUAAAAGGCAAAUCAGCUCAAGAGAUACGCGAAAUAUUUCACAUUUCAUAUGAUCCACCACAUGAGGGUGAAAAUGUCAUUUCCAAUGGAUUAACAGACCCAUCUGCUUCUAAUGAUACUGGAGUCUCAAAUGACAAUAUUUAA